AUGGCCGAGCCAAAAGUCCUACACGUCCCAGGCGUUCAGACUCGCGACCCUGCCACUCGGGACCCCAUCCUCACGGCGCCAGCCUCAGAGGCGCUAUCCGCGCUGGACGGACCCGCGCUGAUGCCGACGGGUAAAGGCGCGCGAUGGUACCGCCUCACGUCCCGCGUGCUCGCAGAUUGCUGCGCAGCUGGAUACGGACCGUACGUUACGCUUGUGCCGGCCUACUGCGUCAGUCCCGAGACGCUGCUCUUUCUCGGGCUAGAGCCGAGCGUGGCGGCGAAGCUGUGGAAAAAGUACAGUCUGCAGUGCAAGGCGCUGCUGCAGGCCGGGUAUAGCGAAAAAGACCUCAGUGAUGCGCGGGGACGAGGGUCUUGUCGAAGAUGGAGAUGGAUGGAAUGCGGGCAAAAGGAAUGGGGAGGAAAGAGGAAGCGGCAGGAACAGCAGCAGCAGCAGCAGCAGAAGAAGAAGAAGAAGAAGAAGAAGAAGAAGAAGAAGAAGAAGAAGAAGAAGAAGAAGAAGAAGAAGAAGGAGGAGGAGGAGGAGAAAAAGGAGAAAAAUGAGAGGGAUGUGGUUGUCUAUGUGCCCAGACAGAAGAGGUUUAAUCUUACAGAUGGGGGGAAGAAGGAGAAAUAUCGCAUCGUGUAAGAGUCAGGAGUCUAGGCAAAUGAUAUGCCUUUGGCGCUUUGGUCUUUUCGAGCUCGGGCUUUGGAUUCUGGAAGGAUUGUUAAUUUGUUAUGAUCAUCUCACAGCAUAAGAUUUCUUUGCGUUGAACGAGGUGAUGUUCAAUGGAGGAAUGAAAUGCGUGAAGAGCCUCAAAGAGUGGGACUGUGGGAGGCAAAAAUAAAAUUUGCGAAUAGAAACUAGAGCUUGG